GCAGCAGUCUUGAACGUCGUGCCUUUUCGUUUGGUCCGUAUCGCAGUAGGGUUCGAUUUUGUCGGAAGUGUCGAUUAUGACGUGAAAGAUCAGUGCUCGUAAUCGUUGAAAAAUAUAAAAAUUAUUCACAAAAGUGCGUGAGUGGGAUUGUGCCAGAAAAUAACAGAAUAAGAUCCACACCAUGACCGAAUACUACCUCGAUAACAAGAGCUUCGCCUCCUCCGAUGACGAAGAUCUCUUAACGCUUGCUGCAACUGAUGGAAACGUAGGAGCCCACAGAACUGUAAAAAGCAAACCCAUAAUGAUGUCUAUGAUGACGAAUGGCAUCGCCAACAAUAACAACAACAAAAAUAGUCAACACUAUUUCAUCGACGAUGACGGAGUAGGGGGCACAGAAGACAGCACUAUGGAGAUUCCACUUCUUGUUGACAAUAAUGAUGACCAUGAAAUGUUUUACAACAAUUGCAAAUGUAAUCAAUUAGGGUUUGCGGUGAAUUUAAAAAGCAAAAGUGAACGUGAUGCUAGAAUCAAAAUAUUCCUUGCCAUCGCAUUGUGCUGCUUGUUCAUGAUUAUAGAAUUCCUUGGAGGAUACAUGGCCGGAAGCCUGGCGAUAAUGACAGAUGCUGCCCAUUUGGCAUCUGAUUGCGUUAGCUUUGUGAUUGGUCUCUUGGCGAUUUGGAUAUCCAGCCGAGCACCUGAUCAAAACAUGUCAUUCGGAUACAAACGCAUCGAGGUCAUCGGAGCACUGGUAUCGAUAUUGGGUAUCUGGAUCCUUACAGCCGUUCUAGCCAUUGUGGCAUGCCAGAGAUUAUUUUCAGAUGACUUCGACUUGAAUGCGGAUACGAUGAUGAUAAUCGCUGGAAUUGGGAUUUUAAUUAACAUUGCCAUGGCAUUCAUUUUGCAUGGUUCGUCGCUUUUUCCCGGCUCACAUCAUGGUCACUCCCAUGGACACGAUGGAGGACACCAUCAUUCGCAUUCGCAUUCGCAUUCGCAUGCUCAUUCUGCUGCUCCUACUACUGCUGUUGCUGUUGCUGAUGCUCGGAGUGAUGCUGCAACUACUCAUGGCCAUCAUAGCCAUUUUCCGGGAACUGAUGGUGGUGGUGUUGGAAAUCCAUUGCCAGCAGACGUCUCAGUUUCCACAUCUGCGAAUAUUGUCAAACAACAACAUGUGAGAAACAAUCCAAUGCCAGCUUGCGGUCAGGAACAAAACCUGAAUUUGCGAGCUGCAGUCAUUCAUGUAUUUGGUGAUCUGGUACAAAGUGUAGGCGUUUUUGUUGCCUCAAUUAUUAUUAAAUUUUAUCCCAAUGCAAAACUUGCUGAUCCGUUAUGUACGCUUCUGUUCUCGGUGAUAGUCAUUUUCACGACAGUCAAUUUAUUCAAGGAAUCUGUUUGUAUUCUCCUGGACUCGGUGCCAAAGCAAGUGCCUCUGUUAAAGCUGCAAAGUGAUUUGUCCAACAUAAGUGGAGUUAAAUCCGUUCACCAUCUCAAUGUGUGGAAUCACACGGUCAAUCACAGCGUAAUGAUGGUCCAUUUAGUUGUUGAUAUCCUGGCAGAUAGUGAUGCCAUCCUGACGGAGGCUACCUCCAUGGCGCACGACAAAUAUCACAUUCAGCAUAGCACAAUUCAAAUUGAACGUGUGCGAGUGUGAGUUGGAGCUUGAGUUCGAGUAGAAUGAAUGAAGCGAUAAAGGAUACAACAAUAGGACACGCUACACAUUCAAGAGAGGGGUUUUAGUGAUGCUUGCUUAAGGACAAUAAAUGGGAGAGACUAUAACGACGACGACCAACGACGCGAUACGAAAUGGAAGAAGCUUUUCAAAAAGACUGUGUGUGUUAUAUGUGUGUAUUAGGGAUAAGGAUUAAGGAUUGAGCGAAAUAACAUUAUAAUUUUCGAAUGCCAUUCGAUGAGAAGUAGUCAUACAAUAUAGACGAUGUGAAUUCGAAAAUUUUUGUAUAAUCUAGUGUUACCAAAAAAAAAUGCUUUCUUAAAUAAUAUUUAUAUAAAUGUUUUAUUAAGUUGAA